GGCGAGCUCUGUCAGAUUAAAACCUCACAAGGGAUAGGUUGCAGCCGGCCGCACUGCACAGCAAAGGCACAGAGAGACUCGCAUUUAGCCAGUGCUACGGGAAGGUGUCACCUGUUCUUCAAGCACUAAAUAUUAUUAUUUUAAGCGAAGGGUUGAUAACCCCUUCUCUCAGCUUCCGCAACCACGGCAUUCAUGCAAAGUCUGUCAGGCUGGGAAUCGCGUUGCGACUCGCCAUGUUUCCAAACGGGUCAGACUUACACUAAUUUGAUGGAAGUGGCCAACUUCUACGAGUCGGACUGUUCCCUGAACAAGUUGCAGCGCGACCGUUCAAUGACAGAUCUGGGCAUCGGUGACAACGAGAGCGCCAUCGACUUCAGCCCUUACAUCGACCCGGCCACGGCACCGGCAGCAGGGGGCAACUUUGAGCUCAACGGCGACCUUUUGACGGAUAUUAUGUUGUCAGAAAACUACAAGAAGAAAUCGCUGCCCGACUACAACGCGUAUCUGUCGCUGAUGCGCAGCUCGGCGGCAGGAGGCCGGCACCAGGGCAGCAUUCUCAGCUGCACCCCGCAGUUCCUGGAGACGCGGCUGGAGCCCGUGUUCGAGCAAGCGUUGGAGUCGAAGGGCGGCGUGAAGCAGGAGUCGAGGGAGGAAGACGGGGCCAUGUCAGGCACGGCCGCCUCCUCGUCCUACGCCCGCCCGAUGCUGCAGUACCAAAGCGUGGCCAGCGGCAGCAACAGUAACCUGUCCACCUCGUCCCUGUCCUCCACUCCGCCCGCUAGUCCCAACUCGGCCGAUUCUGGCCGCGGCGCCGGCUCGGCGCUUCCCGGAGGCGGCAAGGGCAAGAGCAAGAAGUCGGUGGACAAGCACAGCGACGAGUACCGGCUGAGGAGGGAGAGGAACAACAUCGCGGUGAGGAAGAGCAGGGACAAGGCCAAGAUGAGGAACGUGGAGACACAGCACAAGGUGCUGGAGCUGAGCGCCGAGAACGAGCGGCUGCAGAACAGAGUGGAGCAGCUGAGCCGUGAACUGACCACUCUGAGGAACUUGUUCAAACAGCUCCCCGAACACACACUGCUCAGUGCAUCGGGCAACUGCUGACCGACCGCCAGCCCAUUAUUUAUAAACGCCUUUUACUAAAGGAAAUCAAGUGGAUAUUAUGACUUUUUGCAAAGAAGACAAUCGGCGGACUCUUUGUAUAUAAAGGAUUUUAUUAGUGUUUACAGCUCAUUUUCCGUAACCCGAGGUAGUGGCUCGUUUUAAAUGACCUCAACUCUGCGCUUGGAACUGGAGAGGGAGGGACAAAUGACUUUUAUUGAAAGAAGCAGUGGGCUUAAAUAUAUAUAUAUAUAUAUGUGUGUGUGUGUGUGAGUGUGUGUGUAUGUAAAACGAUGCCAGGCUUAUCUGUGACUUUGCUCGGUCGAAACACAUGAUGCAACUUGCCAAGUAUGAGAUGCAUUCGUAAUGGUCAGAUGUCGGAGGUUUCUUAUUACAGAUGUAUGUGGGGAUUUCAUCCCCAACACUAGGAAAUAGACCUAUUUCUUUAUCAACUCGCAUUUGUAUGCACAGAUUGGGCUUUUUGCUCCCUCUGAUACGCGUGAAAGCAUUAUUGUUGAUCUAUGAGAUUUGCUUUUUGUAUUUUGGAAAGAAGUAUUAUUUUGAUAAGGACAUGCCUGAACUGCCGUUUUGUAACCUUGCUCAGCGGUGGCGCCGCCGUUCUAAUCAAAGGCCACCUCGGUGCUGCUGUUGACUGACUUCAUCUCCUUUGGAUUUUAUACUCCUCUCCCCCUUUUUAUUAAAAAAAAAAAGAGCUCUAUAUUUCAGACGUAUUUGUCAAGGAGAGGAAAUGCCUUCAACAGAUUUUUUUUUUACAAACCAAGUCCAACGUUGAAAUGUUUUCAUAUCGAAUUGCGUCACUCCAGCAGUGACUCAGCAUGUAAGUGUUUCAGAGAACAUUUUAUUCUGUUCAGCACUUGAAUUGGGUACAAUGUUGGGGGAGGGGAGGGUGGUGGAAUAAAUGGUACAGAGUUAUUUACACUUUAGAAUUACGUGGUGAUUGUAGACUAAAACUGCAGUAUCUUCUUUCCAAACCAGUUUGGUAAAUUCCAAACCAGUUAAUGCCGGUACCCCGGGUGGAUGGAGACCAGGGAUAUGUGCACACUUUUACAAACUCUCACAAGCUGCAAAAGAUAAAACGAGGGAGUAAAAGUCCGAUUAAGGGACCAGCUUGUACGGUUUAAAGUUUAUUGUAAACUUUCAAAAUAACCUGGAAAUGGGAUACUACAGCAUUAAUCAACCUUGAUUGUGGGUCAGAGAAAUAACAGAUUAUUUUUUAAAGAUAAACAAUAUUGUAUUUAUUUUUCUUUUUGAAAAUUGAAUAAAAAUUGAAUUAAAAUCAAUUUUAGUGCA